AUGGGCUCCCUACAAUGCCUGACAAAGUCGCCCGAUCCGUCACCGCUCGCUCAAGCAGGUGUAGAAGAACAGUCAGCGCAAGUGUUUGCAGCAUCUGUUGAAGAGCAAAACAACCCAUACCAAUUCGACGAUGACAUACAGAUGAACAAUGUCUACCUCAACGAGACCAAUACUGAGGCGCAAGCUCUACUCGAUCUGUACAACACCACUGGUUAUACCCAGCAUACCAUCCCGGCCUUUUUCGAACAGAUCAUGGUUCCCGCACCAGACUUCUUGGGUAGUGACUACAUGCAACCGCCUCCAGAUCUGACAGCAUGGAUGCCAGAGACUGACUGGCUUGGUCAGGUUGACAUUUUUGGCAAUGAUUUCACUCCAACUGUCAGUCAGAUGCUAGAAGCGCAGACAUCGCAGGUGACUGCCUUGCCUUCUGCAACGCCGCCUAUCAAUACAGAUGUUUCUCACGAGAAGAUUGAUAGCAACUCCGCGAAAAGGCGCCAUGCAGUCUUCAAACAAUCUGCCUGGUAA